GCGCACGAGGGAGAGCGUUGCGUAGAGAGCGCACCAAAAGUUUGGGAGUUUUCAGUGGACUGAGUGUAUUAAUGGGGUGCCCGGCGAUCAGUGCGCGUUUGCCAGUGUUUCAUACCCAUAGACGCGCGUGAAAAAUUCGCAGUGGACGGGGAAUUCUUUUAGAGCUUCUCUUUUUAAUUCUAAAUCGGAUUACAUGCGUAAUGAUACGAAGUAAAACAUAUCCAUCACAGCCGUGAGGAGAGCGGCUUUUCAUCUUCUGUCCGGAGACUAAACCCGCGACUUUUCAUGGAAGAGACUCUAUCACCCAAGAACGAGAAGUGAGAUUCAUGGCCACCAUCCCCAUCCCUCCGCCGUCCAUCCCUCCUCCUCCUCCUCUUCCUCCUCCUCCUCCUCCUCCUCCGCCCGUCUCAGCCAGCGGUCUGACCCGAAUCGACUCUGGCCGCAAACACCGGCUUCGCAACCUGAACUGGGAGCGGAUCCCCAAGGAGCGCGUGGAGGGCCGAAAGAGCGUGUGGAGCGGCUCUCCGGAUGAGGACUGUGAGCUCGCUAUUGACCUGAGCUCUCUGGAUGAGCUCUUUGGGCAGAAAGAGGGCGACAGGCCGGACCGGGCCAGCGGCUUCCGCCGUAGUUUACGCCGCUGCGGUUCUCCACAAGAGACGACUGUGGACAAAGUUACGCUGCUCGACUCGAAACGCAGCAUGAAUGUUGGGAUAUUUCUGCGGCAGCUGAAAAUUGCCGCCAGGGAGAUCGUGGAGGAUGUGCGGCGAGGGGUCGGGGAGCGUUACGGAGCCGAGAAACUGGCAGAACUCUGCAAGCUGCUGCCUGAUAAUGAAGAGGAGGCCAGAUUGAAAAAGUUCAGCGGUGACCGUAGUUUAUUGGCAGAGCCGGAUCUCUUCGUUCUCUUGCUGGUGGAGUUACCCAGCUUUCGCAUGCGUCUGGACGUCAUGAUCCUCCAGCAGGAGUUUGACCCUGCGGUGACCUCUCUCUGUGUGGCGGCCAGAUGUCUGCGGGAGGCGGCUCGAGAGCUGCUGAGCUGCCCGGAGCUUCACUACAUCCUGAGACUGGUGCUCAAAGCGGGAAACUACAUGAACGCUGGUGGUUACGCCGGGAAUGCUGCUGGAUUCAGGAUUUCCUCUUUGCUCAAAUUGGCCGACACCAAAGCCAACAAGCCAGGCAUGAACCUCCUCCAUUUUGUCGCCAUGGAGGCUGUGAAGAAGGAUAAAGACUUGCUGAUGUUUUCCAGCCGGUUGAGUCAUGUCAGCCCAGCUUCAAGGUUGUCAGAAGACUCUGUGGUGGAGGAUCUUUCUCGACUGCAAAGCAGAGUUGCUGAACUCCGAGUCAGAGCUCAGGCUGAUGCUGAAAUCGAGCAGCAGACCAGAACAUUUCUAGAGGUUGCGGAAGUGAGGCUCCAGGAAGCUCAGGACGAGCUGGAAAGCUUACAGAAGACCAGUAAGGCCCUUGUGGAUUUCUUCUGUGAAGAUGACAAGUCCUUCAAACUGGAGGAGGCCUGCCUUAUCUUCCACUGCUUCUGUCAUCGGUUUCAAAAAGCUGUGCAGGAGAACACAGAUAGGGAAGUACAGGAGCAGCGGCGUCUGGCACGCGAGCGAGAGAAUGUGGAGAAGCGUCGCUCUCUGGCUCUGUGCACCGGCCUGGAAGCGGAGCAGGAGUCUUCAGACCUGGAGCACGCUCUGCAGAGGAGCCUGAGCUACACGGGCAGCCGUCGCAGCCUGCGCAGACUCUCACAGUACUUCCUCCGCUCCGGAGAGAGAAACGUGAAGUCUCAUAACCCACAGCACCAGCAGUCAGACCUCUCAGACCUGCAUGCUCUCAAUCCUGAAGCCUUCAGCAGAGACUCAGAGCUCAGACGUUCUCUGCUGAAGAGGGAACCCGACAAUAAGGAGACUAAAGGGGCAGAUAAAGUCAAACAAGCUCAGAGUUUAAGCACAGAUCUGACGUGUGACCAUGCAGUGGCUUCCCCGAAUUCUACAAAAAGCCAUUCUAGGUCGAAUACGAGGACAGUCCCAGGCGACAGCGCUUUUGUUGCUUCGGGAAAAACAGAGACGUCACUUCAGCAGGGAGCAGUGAAUGUCCUGCCGCUCACAGGACUAUCCCCUAACAAAGUUUGGAAAGUUGAGAAACCUGUUCAAGACGCCUCUGAAAGGCUGACGCAGAUCGAAACCGAUACCUCGAAAGAUGCGAAGAAUAAAGAGUGCGUAAAUGGCAAAUCUCUAAAGGGAGUAACACCACAGAGAGAGACGUGGUCAAGUGCAUCAUCUCCUCCUGGAGAUCUGUCCCCGGAGUCCUGUAGCUCAGAAAGAGAGCAUGUGUACCCGGCGAUAGGAGAGACCCUGGAGUGUCACACCCUAGUGAGGGCCCUACGCUCCUACGAGAGCCUCUCUCCAAGUGUGACGCGGCCCACCACCAAUCACUGCUCCAAAUGGAAGAAAGAGCAAGACGGCACUAGCUCGCCGCAUGCCAAGGACGAUUCCCGUCUGGUAAAGACACCGACGCGAGGGCCAACCAAAAGACUGCUGGUACAGCGAGGAGGGCCCUCCAACAGCAGCGGGAUCCCGAGAGUGCGCACUAAAGCAGAGCUGACUCAUGCUGACGGUUCAGGUGUUAGUCAGGUGUCACGGCCUUCCCCAACACGCCCCUCGUCCAUUCGCACAACGCUAGCAACGCGCUUCGCUGGCGUCCAACACGAACUCAAGCACAACAGCAAUGCACGGCCGAAGGUUAACGCCCUGUCCGAUACUGGGAAGCAAAAAGUCAACUCUACCGAGAAGCUGACCCAGGAUAAAGACAAGUCCCAGGAGGCGUUCGUAAGGGGAUCGCCGCUUCGCGUUUCAAAGCGCCUAGCGCCCAACUCCGAAUCCCAGUCUCCCCAGAGCAUGCACUCUCCCACCGCUGCCACGACGGCAAAGACCAUCCGCACCGCCAUUAUCAGUGCAGCCAAAGCAAAGACGACCAAGACUCCCGGCACCAGAAUCCCGGCCCCCAAAGUUCACAAAGCUGCUCCCCAACCCAUGUGGAGAUGAUGUCUGCUUUCUCGAACUCUGCGGAGGUUAAUGUUAUCUAUGCAUGCCUAAGGAACUGAAUUAAUAUGAUUUUUCUCCUGGGUGUCAAGGUGUUCGCGUGAACGGUCAACUCAAACUGCCAGUACAUAAAGGAGCCAUUCAUUGGGUCGGCCCAGAAUGGACUCUGUAAUGCAUCUGAGCAGAGUCUACCUUCAGAGCUCUCCGCUGAUUAUUCAGGUCGCCUCUCGUCCAGCACUGUCUUUAGCUCUACCUCUGAACACUCGAGUGCUCUGUGCAGGUUACAGCGCACAUCAGAAGGAUUCCUACCAGGACCUUCUUUCGAUUUGUGUUUUGUUUGUGAUGUGAGAAUGGAGCUUCCACAGUCAAACAGAUCACCGUUAAUGAUAAAGCGAACUCUCCUGUUAUAUUGAUUUUAACUUGCCCUUUGAUUCAGGUCAAAUCGACUGCUUACUUGAGUUACAGGUACAAAAUAAUGACAAAAGAUCAUGCAUGUAGUAAUUCGAGAUCCCAAAGCAAAUGCGUUGAAGUAAAUUGAGUGUCCAGUUGUACACGUUAGGUUCCUUCCGCUCUGAUGCACUUUACAGACGAAAGAGAGAUUUAAUGCUGACAGAAACUGUCUUUGUGGUAAUCUGCUCUGCUUGUGUGUUUUGUUUAUAUGGAAUGUUAAAUUAACAGAAUCAAAAACACAGCUGCCAUUUGUAAUAUUUGUAUUUGUAAAUAAUGAGUAUUUGAAAUAAAAAUUGAAUUUAC